CUUCUUCCUCCUCCUCCUCCUCCCCUCACAGCCGCCAUCCCGACCUCCUUCCCCCACCCCUCGCGCCCGGCUCGGGGAGUCCUUCCGCUUCCCCGCGCGAGGCGGCCGCGACGAAAGGAAGGCCUUCCCGCCUCAGAGGAGGUUUUGGAAAGAUAUUGGACAGCUCUGGUUGAGCAGAAAACUGGAAAGGGUUAAAAAUGUCCAAAAUAACCACAGAACUUCUGUUGGAAAGGGCAGUGCCAAAGUCCACGAGGCUGAGGAAGAUCAAAACUCUGAACCUGUCCAAGUUGCAAAUAACAACAGAAGAUUUGGAACCACAUUUAUUUUCCCAUCUGCGCCACCUCCAAGAACUGGACCUGUCCGACAAUCUGCUAGAACGGCUUCCUGACAACCUAAGCCUGCCGAACCUCCGCAUCCUGAAUUGCAACAACAAUCAGCUGGAAGAUGUGACUACCUUGCAGCAGUUCCCACAGCUGGAAGAACUAACCUAUGCCAACAAUGUGUACCUGACCCCUAGCGAUGAUUAUAAGGUCAUGUUUCUUCUGCGAAAUCUCCGGCAGCUGAAUGGCAAAGAUGUCACCAAACUGGCCAAUCACGUGAGGGUGAUCAACAGUCGUGAGCUGACCACCAGGGUCACCGCUCACUGGGGGAAAAAUUUCCGUAACCAGGUACCUAAAACUCUGUCUCCUGAUAAGCUGAAACAGAUCAGGAAAAAAUUUGUCAGGUCUGCGCAAGCCCACGUCGCGUACGGACCCAGCUCACUCAGCGACUUCACCCGAUGGCGGGUGAAAAUGAUUGCAGAGGAAUUCUUGACUUCACUGGUAAAUCAAGAAGAUAACCCUUCUCCUGAAGGAGGAGAAGAGGAGGAGGAGGAAGGAGAGGAAGAAGAGGAAGAAGAAGAAAAGAAAGACAAAAUUGCAGAAAGUAUGGCUGAAAGUAAAGCUGCUUCUAAGCAAACCCACAGCAAAAGGAAAGCGGCUCGUUCCAGAGGCGGAGCUGCGAGCAAAAGAUCUCGUUCCCACAGCAGCUGCAAGGAGGAACCGUCUCCCAGCCCCAAGAAGACCAGCCGCUUGCAGGACGAGCGUGGUCCCGAGGAACAGAGAGUGUCCCGUUCGCAGACGAAGGAAUCCCACUCCGCCCAGGAUUCUGAAACUCAUCGGAACGGAGGGCGGCUUCCGAAAGCACGUAGCCACAAAAGGUCCAGUCAGCAGAAAGAGGAGCACAAGGAGGAGGAGGAACAGGAGGAGGAGGAGGAGGAAGAAGAAGAAGAAGAAGAAGAAGAGGACGAAAAAGAUGUGUGUAGCACCCCGGUUAAGGACUCUGAAGGCGAGGAGACAAUCAGCCUGGAGCCUGUCCAUUUUCUACAGUGUCACAGUAAAGGAAACAAUAGGGAUGACUUCAAAACCCAGCUGUGGGCCUGUGUCUUUGAGCCACCGCUGGAUUGUGGGACAAGAAAAAAUCCAGUGGUGAGCUCGUCCAGGACAGCAGCUACCUGUGGAGGCGACUCUGUCUGUCUGGUCGAUUGUGAGACUGGCAUUGUUUUGAAAAAGUACAAAGUGACUGGAGAGGAGUUUUUCACUGUCUCAUGGACAACCCUCACAAUGGUGACCAGCGAUGGGCGCAAAAAAAGGCACAAUGUCUUGGCUGCUGCCGGGAGACGAGGGAUCGUGAAGCUGAUUCAUGUGGCUGCUGACUAUUGCUAUGGAGAAAUCAAGGCCCACAAGAAGCCCAUCGCUACUGCCUGCUUCAGUCCGACCACCGAGACGCAUCUCUUCACCGCCUCCUAUGACAAGAAAAUAUGCGUGUGGGACAUUGGCGUGCCAGACUGCGACUAUAAUUUCAAAGAAAGGCAGCUGUUGGUGCUGGAGACGGUCGCUACACCUUUACGGAUUGCCCUGGUGCCCUCUUGCCCGGACCGGUACUUAGUGGCUGGCUGUGAGCAAGGCUGCUUUGCCUGGGAUAUCAGACUGGAUGAGGAGCGGCCGAAAAACAGACCUCAUGAAGUGGAGUUCCAGUUCCCGGAUGAUAAAGGGAACGAGACUUCUUCCCACCGGGUGGAUGGCCUGGCCUUUUUGAACGAAGACAUUGUGGUUACCAAAAGUUCUAAGAUGGGGUCCAUAAACCUUUGGAGCUGGAGCCGCUCUUUCAAAGAACAGGGGAAAGGGUCUCGGAGGACAGUUCAGGCGGUCAUUCUGGCGGAACUGGAGUGGUCCUCAACAGAUCUGCCUUACCUCACCCUCAGCACAUGCCCAACAGAAGAGUAUGUAUUCUGUGGUGACGAGGCAGGAAGCGUGUGGCUGUACGACCUCAGCAACCACUUGUCUGCUCUGAGUGCUACCAAGGAAGACCGGGCGACCAAGAGAAUAGGACCUGCACAGGUUCUCAAGUGGCCGGAACUGAAAGCAAACGGAGAGCCCUUGACGGACGUCUUGGUGAACAAUGUGGUCGCGGACCCCUCCUUCACCUACCUGGUUGCUCUGACUGAUGUAAACAUUGCUGCGAUAUGGAAGAAAGCCUAGCUGGCUUGGCUUGCCGCCCGCCCCCAAAGGAGAAGAACCUCAUUUUUCGUCCUGUUUCAGUAGUGCAGUAUUUGUGACCGUUCACAGAGAAUAACCCAGAAGGGGAGGUUUUACGUUCAUGUUAUCAAUGCAAGAGAAAUCAACUAAAAAGGGUUGGUUAGAACCAUGUCUUGUUAUUGCCAAUACCUGCAUCUCUUAACUGUGAGUUUGCUUCAUUGGUGUAUUAAGUGUAUUUGUUUUAUAGAAAGACAGUAUUUAAUAAAACUUGAUACCAGAUUAUCUCAGGUUUUUUUUUUUUAGUGUAGUUAGGAAGAACGGUUGGCCAGAAACAGAAUGAUGUUCUUCUUGUAGAGUAGGUAGCAAUAGAUCAAAAAUACAAACAAAAGGGUUUAGAAAAUCUUAACGUGCCCUCCUCCAGCCCUGCAAAUUUUAAUUAAUGAGGCAAAUGUUUUUGUAUUUUGUCAAUUCUCAGAAGAGACCAUUCCACACACCUCGCAUUAACAGUAGCACAAGCCCUCUGCUGUCUUUUAGGUUUUUUGUUUUUUUGUAACAAAGAACCAAUUGAUAAACGUCCUCUCUAAGAAAAUAAAGAUCAGGGGUCAUAAUCUCACAUAUCAGAACUAAAGUUUUAUUAGGCAACAAACAUUGUAUCUAUCACUGAAUGAAACUUACACAGAAGUCAGGGAACAACAUUCCUUAGGAGCUACAAAGCAACAAAUGAGGAUUUACAAACAUGAAAAAAAACAGUUAUUUACAAAGUUGAUGCUAAACGGCAUGAAAUUAUUCAAUCCCUUCUUGUCUGUCUUUUAUGGCAACCUGAAAGAGAAGAGACAGAAGUGACUUAGUGCAGUUUGGCCUAUCCGAUAAAAAGGAAGCAGCUUAGAAUUUCAAAUAAAGCCGCUGCCUGUGUUGGGUUGCUGGACCAUCUGCUAAGGAUCCCUUUUUCAGACCAACUCUGUCCUUGCCCUAUUCAGUCAGUGGACUCCUUGUACAUAUUUGUCUGCAAUGCCCUUAUGUGUCCCAUGUUUUAUGCCAUGCUUUAAUAAACGGUCUGAAUUUUC